AUGAAGCGAAGUAUUCAAAAUGUGUCUGCUGCGCUGGCUAGUGUAGUGGCCUUCUUCGUGUCGACAACCGUCGGCACCGAGAUCCCGCCGCCGACCGGACGCUACCACAUCGGAAGACGCAAGUACGACAUCCCGUUCCUGAACACCGAGGACCUGUUCGCGCCCGGAAACGUCAGCACCUCCUUCAUCGCAACCGUAUGGUACCCAACGCUGCAAGAGCCGUGCGAGCCCGCCACGCCAUACCUCGACCCGGCAGUCGCAGCGCUCUGGGAGCCCGCCGCGGACCAGACCGCGGGCACCCUGUCGAACCUCACGUCCCACGUCCAGCCCGGCGCACCCCCAGCCCCAGCACCCCGGGACGGCCAGGCCGGGCUCUUCCCCACCCUCCUGUUCGGCCCCGGCGGCACCGGUCCCCCGACCGAGGCCUACACGAUCCUGAUCUCGGAGCUGGUGUCGCGCGGGUACGUGGUGGCCGGGCUGGACCACCCCUACGAGCAGCCCUUCGUGCGGUAUCCCAACGGCACCGGCGUCUACGGUCCCCCCGUCAACUACACCCUCUCCUCCGAGGAGGCCAACCUCCUGUACGAGAUGCGGAUCAAGGACAACGUGCACUUCGUCGGCGUCUGGCCCGACCUGGUCGCCGAGCUGGACGCGCCGUGGGCCACGGCCAAGCUCGGCGCGUUCGGCCACUCGAUCGGUGGUGCGGCUGCUGCCGGUACCGCGCGCCUGAUCGCGCGUGAGACGCUCGCGUCGACGCUGAAUAUGGACGGCACCUUUCUGGACGCGACCAACGACAGCGCGACCGCCGAUAUCCACAGACCGACUAUGCUGCUGGGCCAGGAUGGUCAUGAUGCGGAUGAUGGUGAUCUCAGCUGGGAGAUUUUUCCCGCGGCGCAGACGGGUUGGUGGCGCACCAUGUUCGUCAAUGGCACUGCGCAUUUGGACUUUAGCGAUUGGACCUUUUGGAAGACGCUUGGGGGCAAGCCGUUGGGUACGAUUGAUGGCGCAAGGAUGGUUGAUGUCACGAGGGAGUUCGUGACUGCGUUUUUCAACUACACGAUAUUGGGACAGGAAGAGGGGGUGUUGACUUCGCCAGGGCCCGUAUGGCCGGAGGUCUCUGUUUAUGACGGGAGCGAUGAGUGA